UCUUAAAGGUAAAAGCAGCGGUCCGUCUGCAGACUCAACCCCGCUGUCAGUCCACCAUUAAGAUCGACACGGUGGGAAAGAUUGAUUUAACAUUAUGAAAAUCCGUUUGUUGACGUCUGACGGAGAUAUUUAAACAGGAAUGCAGUCGGUCACAGUGGAGGAAGAUUAUGGUGACUCGGCAGGUUCAUCCACUGCUUCAGUGGUGCAGGUCUGCUUCCCCAGCGUGCAGUCUUCAGUCCUUGACAGUUUGAAUCGGCAGCGUGAGGAAGGCCAUCUCUGUGAUCUCUCCAUUCAUGUGCAGGGUCAAGUGUUUAAAGCCCACAGAUGUGUACUGGCUGCAUCGUCUCCUUACUUCCAUGACCAGGUGCUGCUGAAGAACAUGUCCACCGUCUCCAUCCCAGCAGUCAUGGAUCCCCUUGCUUUUGAGAGUGUCCUGAGUUGUGCUUACACAGGCAAGCUGCGUUUGCUUCGUGAAGACAUCGUGAACUACCUCACGGUCGGCAGCGUGCUUCAGAUGUGGCACAUUGUGGACAAAUGCACUGAGCUUCUCAAAGAGGGGAGAGGAGGUUCAAGUGGACCUCAGGGAAGUGACGAAAAGGUGAACGCUGGGCUCAGUGGCACCAUCAAGGUUGCCCAGGCGGAUGGAGAAGAUACGGCUUCUACUCCUCAACCUCCUAGCCGACCAUCAUUUAGCGAGAGCCAGUCUCCCAGCAGCACCAACUACUUCAGUCCUAGAGAGGGAAACUUCGGAGGGGCGAUGGUGACCACCGGCGGAGCAGUAGGAGAAAACGCUGUCCACUCUACUCCCACCUACUGCACUCCCUCCGGUGGAGAGGAAGGUUUUCUGAUUGAGGACGAUGAGGAAGACGAUGAGCUUUUGUUUCAGAGGAAAAGAGAACGGGGAGGUGGGAAGCGGAAGAGUUCAAUCUCCGUCUUGGAUCAAGAGGUUGGUGUGAGCGACAGUUUUGGAGUUUCUUCAUAUCAAGAUGGAGAUGCAUCGCCAUCACAAAAACGCCCGUCGUAUAGUCAGCCAAGCAUCAUGCCAAGAAAACAGUGGGUGGUGGUGAAGACGGAGCACUCGAGGGAUGAUGACCUCAUCGUGGUGUCAGGAGAGGAAGGAGGUGAGGAUGAAGAGGAACGAGAGAUGGAGAUGAUCAGAGAGAGAGACAGGACGUUUAACAUAUCAAAUGUAAGGACUCUAUCCGGCCUCCGAGAAGAUGCUGAAAUGGAGGCACAGGUUGACUAUUGCCAAUCUUCAGAAGACUACCUCAAGUUUGAGAGGGGUUUGAUGGACCAGACGUCCUCUCAUCCUCCUGAGAAUCCCACUCAAUGUACCACCAGGUCCGUUUCUGCCUUGCUCGGCCCCGUUCAGUCCACUUCCGCCCGGGCUCAGCUCUUUCCUCUGGAUAUGCAAGGAAACCAAAUUCUUCUGUACAAUCAGGCUGCUCUUGAAUCUUCAUCUCAAUUAGGUCUCACAGGAGGAAUGUCUGGUGCGUCCUUGAAAGGCAGCCUUGAGCACGGAGCGGUAAAUUUACCCAGCCAAGGAGCUUUGAGCGGCGGCAUCGAGGGAUUGGACAGCGGAGGGGGUGGUGGGUCAGGCAAGGUCUUCAUGUGUCACUGCGGGAAAACGUUCACGCACAAAAGCAUGCGAGACCGCCACAUCAACAUGCACUUGGACCUACGGCCCUUCCACUGCCCCGUCUGCUCCAAGAAGUUCAAGAUGAAGCAUCAUCUCACCGAACACAUGAAGACGCACACCGGUCUGAAACCCUAUGAUUGCCACAGCUGUGGGAAGAAGUUCAUGUGGCGCGACAGCUUUAUGAGGCACCGCUCACACUGUGAGAGACGCGGCGGGGGCACAAGGAUGGCGUCUGAUGGCUCUGUCAUCUCUCCGCCCCAUCACUUGAAGCUCUCAAGCGGUGAGCCCAGUCAGAGUCGAAGCGGGGUCUCGGUUUUAUCUCCUCAACAUUCAAUUAGUAGCAGCGGGGGCUCGUGUCUCGGCAUGCCGGGGCCUCUAUUAGGAAUAGGUUCUCAAAGUGGGGUGCACAACCUCGGUUCUGGAGUAUUGGGUGGCGGUCGUGUGGAGGAAGUGUGUGAGGGGAAUGACGAUGAAAGCAGUGUCACAUAGACUAAGCUAUGCUAUGUUUCAUUCCAGUACCACUGUUUUUCAAAACUUGUGAACGUCUAAGAAGGGACCACAUGCACAAUUAUCUGAUAAACAAUCCGAUACCUCGACAGUUUUGCGUGAGUGUGCCAUACGUGGUGUGUUUGGAAAUAAUACCCAUUACAAAGUGCCCAUUGCUGGCUCACCUGUGUGUCUACUUCUUAAAGAUGUUCAAGAAGACCAGGCUGCUAUGGUGACUCAAUCGGUCACUUUUGCAUACAAACUGCCUCACUAGCACAGAACGUGUGUUCACUGUUACUCUAAAGUGCCAUUCUGUUCUGUACGAUUAUGUUGUGUACAUUACUGUAUCUCAGAUGUGAAGUUUUAAUGUACUUUCACAUAGUAUAUUCCCUCCUGAAUGUUAAAUGAAUAGUUCACCAAAAAAUGAAAAUUCUGUUAUCAUUAACUAUCCACAAGAUGAAUUUCUUUGUUCAGCUGAACACAAAGGAAGAUUUUUGUAAGCAGGAACACCCUACACUUCCAUAGUAGAACCAAACAAAUACUAUGGAAGUCAAUGGUGCCCAAAAACAUUUCUCAAAAUAUCUAUAUACAGGUGUUUUAUAACUUGAGGGUGAGCGAACGAUGGCAGAAUUUUUGUUUUUGGGUGAACUAGCCCUUUAAUGUACAGAUUUCUUAGAUAGAUAGCCGACAGAAAUAGGAAAUCACUACACUUUGUUGUUUUUACUGCUUAUAGAACAGGAAAGUUUAGGGGCAUGUAGGUGGUUGGAUCUAAACGCUAAAUUAAUAGUUUUACUAGAUGUGCCCUUUUACCCAUGGUCGUAACCACCAUAAACCAGUGCAGGGUUGCAAGAUAUGGAAGAGAAAUAUGGUAACUUGCUAGAUAAUGCGAUAUUUAAUAGACGGUACAAAUAUGGAUUCAAUUUGAAAAAUUGAUUUAAUUAUUUAUUUUGAUAUAAUCACAUCAAUCUCUCUAUCUAGCUCUGCUAUCUGAAUCAACCUAAAACUUUGGUUGUGUCCAAAAUAGCACCAUAUAGACCCUUUUACUGUUUUUCACACUGAUGACGUAGAAACGUAGGCGCACGGAUUUUGGCACGAAGUAUGGCGAGAAUCAGCAGCGUGUCAAGCUACGCGAGCGGAUUAAGUAACACAGACGGAAAAGGUUGUUUUAAAAAGUUGACUUUAUUAAAUGGUAUCCGGCUACCGGAUCCGGACGCGAUCCUGUCAGAAUCCUAUAAAACUUAAGCCCCUUGUUGGAAUUUCGAUUAGUGCAACGUAAAUGCAACAACCAGACAUUUUGAUGCUGAGAAACUGUUUUGAUAAACUUGCUAACAUGUUGAGGAACACCACCACUUCCGUUGCCAAAAUGCGUGGGAACGAUUUGAUCACGUGGGCUGUAAAAGGGUUUGUACCCUUAAAUAGUGCACUAUUUGAAGAGACAGCCAUUUUGUAGUGGUGUCCAAAAUUAUCGAGUGCACUUAUUUAAUACUAUAAAGUAGUCGAAUAUCUUGUUCACACUGUCAGUCCAAAUCCGAUUUUGGUGCAAAUCCGAUUUGACAUACUCGCUGUCAAUAUUGUGUAUCACAACUGUUCAGAUCCGAUCUGACAAAAUCCAAGCCGAAGAACAGACAUUUAAUCUGGAAAGGCAAGUUAUUCAACUAAACAAUAGCACAAAACAGCAAGCUGAAUAGGUGUACGUACAUGUUAAAGUAACAUAAACAGUUAUUUACACGAUAAACAAUAGGAUACAGAACUUACCUGGGAGGCUGAAUUGGCUAAAUUAACACAACAAGCCAAAUCAAGUUCAAAAAGGUCCCGAAGUCAUUCCGCAUCACUGAAUCCAUUGAAUUACAUAAAUACAGGAGCAGCAUAGAGCGGACGGUAAUGGUAUCUCUUGAUUCAUACAAAUUAAUUCACACCUGACUUCAUGUUCCAGGACCCACCAAAAUAUGAAAAAGUGCGAUUUAUAGUCCGGAAAAUACAGUAGCCUGAAACGGAUUAGAAAAAAAACAGAUUUCAUGUGGUUUUUGGUCGUUCACACGUCCUAAAUGUGAUUGAUUCUGAUCAGACAUGCACCAAAAUCAGAUUUGGACUGACAGUGUGAACAAGGUCUCUGUGUGCGAAAUCUCUCAGUCGGACUCGUUUUCAUUCACUCAUUCAAGUGGACUAUAUUAGCAAACUAAUGUAGGGAAUAAUGAAUGAAGGCUAAUUCGGACACAGCCUUUGACUACAUUGCGAUAUUACACUUAUAUCUUGCAGCCAUAACUUACAUUGUGGGGGCUCUCCAAUAUUGACCAAUAUACUAUUCAAUGUUGUAUAUUUCAAAUGUUGAUUCUAAAUUAUUACAUUUAGUCCUGCUUGGACCCUUCGAAAAACACAUUGUGGGAUAACUAAACAGUAAACAUGACUAAAAUAAGAACAUAAGUUUAAGACCCAAGCACCAAACAUCCAACUACUGAACUGUUGGACUUUAGAUGUAGCUUACAAUAGUGAUCGAUUACAAGAGUUUGCCUUCCAUGAAGGCUAUCGAGAUUCACAAUGUUUGAAAAGUAAAUCUAUGAAGUAUGCAAAUGCCAAACGAGUGUGAAUGUCUGAGUGAAUUAUGAAGAGUGUUAAGAGAGAUGAAAGUAAUUCUGUAGAACUUAAAUGAUGUUGCUUAGAUUUGGAUCUGUUCUCCUGAUAUGACUGCCUCUGUGAUUGAUGUUUUAGGUGGCAUGUGGUGUGGAUGCUCAAUUAAUAGUUCAUUUAAAUAAUCCUGUGAGAACCAGAUACCUCAGACUUUAACAUAUUUACAAUAUCUUAUGAUAAAACCUCUGACAUAUAGAGAAUCAUAUAGCUGUUGCUUAUCCACACAUUUCAGUUUCUUUUAUAUUUCAGACUAGUAAGUAAAGUGAGAAUAAGGUUUCAAAAUAGACUCAAAAAUAUCCACGGUGAGAAUGAAAAGCAUGAUUCAGUGCUUGCUUAUUGAGUAAUCUGGUUAUACACGUCUGUAUUCUGUACUAAAAAUACAAUUAUUUCAUUCAUUGUGUUGAAUCUGAUCUACUUUUGGAAAUUGAAUGACACAAUCUACACAUUUUGGCAGAAGUAAAUAAAGUAACUUAAAAUUG